UGUAGCGUCCAGAUUUGGCCACUUUGCAAUUUUACUCAAUUACUUGAUGAUGCCAACGGAGGGCACGAACUAGCAUUGAGACAACUUUUUCAAAUAGCUGACGCAGUAUUACACAAAACUGCAUAAUUUUUUCACUUCUAUUAGUCUGUCGAUAAGAUAUUCGGGUUUAAAUUAACUAUUUCCCAAGUCUAACAAUGGAUAUGGAAGCUAUUAUAGGCCACUACGAGGACUUUCUGCGCAAGUGGAUUAGCGAUACUUUUACGCUAGAAGAAAUCGCGACACUGUACGGCAAAAAUAAUCUGCAGGAAAAAUUUCAACGUGAAAAAUUGGAUAGAGCACGCCAUGUUACAUCCUACACUGAUGAAAAAGAUGACGACACUGACAUGCGUGUUUUAAGCAACCGCUUGGAAAGUUUUGGUCGAUGGCCAUUGGCGUUUCUGGCCCCAUCAGCGCUAGCAGAGACAGGGUCUUAUCACACCGGAAUCAAGGAUCGUGUCUGUUGCGCAUUCUGUAAUGGCGUGUUGGCACAGUGGGCUGUUGGAGACAAUCCAGCAUACGAGCACCGUCACCAUUUCCCGACCUGUGCCAUGUCGCAAAAAGCAUGUACAAAGCCUGUCGCGCAAAUUGUUUUUACAAGAACCUAUCGCCGAAGAAUACCAGGAAACACUUGUAUAUGUCCCGACAAUGGCCGAAUAUGAGGAUCGUUGCAACACAUUUCUCACUUGGCCAAGAGACAGCCCGCUAAACCCACAAAAUCUAGCUGCAUCAGGUCUGUUUUACACGGGCCACAACGAUCGCGUACAAUGCUUUUACUGUGGCCAGAAGAUCGAGCGUUGGACAGUGCAAGAUAAUCCCUUGGAUGAACAUUAUAAGUGGUCUCCAGAAUAUAAUUGUACUCCUAGGAAAAAGAGAAAGCGCGAAGGUUACGAUCAGCUCAUCAAACAGCUCAGCGAAUCGCAGCGCAGAGACGACGAACUAGCGGCCGAAACGUCGAAUGUCCUGAAAAGUUUCUUCGGAGAACAAAGCACGCAAGGAAAAAAGAUUUCUACUACGGAGGAACUGUUUUGUGACUUCGUCUUGAGUACUCUGAAUUCUACUACUGCCGAGCAGAAGGAGCGCAUCAAAAAAGGCAUUCAGAAUGUUAUUGCGAAAGAGCUACUCAACAACGAAAGCAGUACUGAACGCACAGGAAAAAGUAUUUGUUAAGUCGUGUGGAGUGAUUUUUGUACAAAACUUGUGUACGUAACAUAUUCCUGUUAGUUGCUUUUAUUGAACACCUGCACAUGCAAUUUACAGAGAGCGAGUAUUUUGAGGAACGGUGGGCACAAGAAUCUUAAGAUACAGAAAGAAAUUGUAUUGGAACGGAACUCAAUCGCGAUAACUUUUAAUGCGACUUUGUAAAUUUACAUUAUGUUGCAUAUCCUUUUAGUAAAAUAAGGCAUUUGUACAAGCGGAUACGACAGACUGAUGAAAUUGUUCGUUGUUGUGUGAAUUCUUUUUACUUGUCUGUUCUCCGCCAUUGCGCUUAUUGUCGGUAUUAUUACUAUACAAUCUAAACCGGAAUAUGCCGUAUUACAAUUUGUUA